UAUGGAGACUUUGACGUUAGUUAAGAUUUGAGUCCGUUUGUUCAAACAAAUUCAAUACAGAUUUUAGCAUCUUUAGAUGUAUUUCAGAUUUUGGACUACAGUCGGUCAAACGUAGUCCAGAGAAAUAUGCUGUCAAAGUUUCCUAAAAGCUGUGAAACAGCCUUUUACUUGAGUGCCAAACCGGAAGAUGGGAAUUAGAGGCGAACUUCAGCUUCACGCAUGAUUAAAGAUCAAGAGUUGCUCGCAGUUACGAACCUACAGUGAUGGAAAAAGAGAAGAAGACAACUCUACGGCCUUAUUCAUCAGUUGACACGAUGAAUAGCUUCGGAUCAGCAGAGUGUAAAGGCAUCCAGGGUUCAAAACAAAAAAUGAAGUUUCAGGGGUUGGAUGCUCAAGGGAUAGGUGCUUUUCCUUUGCCCCUGGGUUUUACACCACCUGAAGAUCCAGAAUCCCAAAAAAAGACAUCAUGUCUGGAUAUCAUUUUCAACACAGGAUCAAAUCGUUUCAAGUCCUCUGCAGUCACAGAUGUGGCUUCGUCCAGAUUGUUUUGCAGCUCAUUCUUCAGCAUGUCCGAAAUGGAAUCUGGUUUACUCUCAAGGAGCAAUAAAACCGAAGAAAGCUUUACUCUGGACGUUGAUCCUACUCGUCCUGCUCACAGUGAGGUUCCAGUGAGAAGACAGAGUUUGAAAGCAGAGAUGCCAGAGGACAAUAUGUAUCAGGGAUUUAAUGUCAUUCUUACUGAGACACACAUGUUUUCGCUGCUAGACCUUUCCCCCACCCUUAUCUCAGAGGAUGCUGAGGAUGCAGAAACACUUAAACAGAGAAACAUCCACUAUGCUGAGUGUUGUAAGAAUAGAAUGGACGAUGAUAAUUAUUUAGAGCGAUCAAGUCAGACAUUUGUUGGAGAACCUAAAAACAAGCACACCCAGGCCAACAGGAACAGCAGUAUCAAUGAAGGCACAACCGCUACCGUCUGGGACAUGUAUGAUUCUUUUUGUGAGCCAAAGGAAACCAGGGAAACCCAGAAAGCCGAUCAGGAGGAUUGUUUUGUUAGCACCAAAAAAGAGCAAGACAAAACAGAGAGGACUAUGAGUGGGGACACAGCUGGCAGUACCGUCAGCUCAGCAGAAAUGGAAACGUGUGGGGAGUGUUUAGAAGUCGAGCCAGGCAGAGAUAAGUUCCUGCUGUCGGAAUCGUUCAAGAACAGCUUGUUGGUUACAGAGAGGGUCAUACUAUUAAACGUUUUUCAGCCUAAGUUGGCUGCUUUCAGAGGGCUGCCUGUCCUAAAAGACCCAUACAGUACAGUGAAGCCUAGCUUUGAGAUACAGAGUACGGAGGACAAAGACAGUACUUUAAGUCCAACCAUGGAAUAUCUCUGGACCUUCGCCUGUCCCCUCACCACAGGACACAACCUCACCAGCAUGACAUGGAACAAGAAGAACUCAGGUGUCCUGGCUAUAGGCUUUGGUGACUGGGCCUCAGGCAGCCCAAAACCUGGUCUUGUUUGCUGCUGGUCUCUAAAAAAUCUAACGUGGCCAGAGCGAGUCUUUCCGUGCCAUAGCAGUGUGACAUGCCUGGAUUUCUCUGCCAACAACCCCAGCCAGCUGGCUGUAGGGAUGUACGAUGGCUCCGUGGCCAUCUACAAUGUUCAGGUCGGAAACCACAUGGCGUGUAUCGCCAACAGCCGUGACUGUUCUAAAAGGCACCAGCAACCGGUGUGGCAGGUCAUCUGGACCAAGCAACAGCUACAACUAUCAGGGGAAGAACGUGAAGAAAUUCUUGUGUCCGUGUCAGGAGAUGGAAGGAUUACCAAGUGGCUUGUCCUUAGCAAUGGUUUCAACUGUAUAGACCUGAUGGUAGUGAAAAGGAUUCAGGAUCACAAAAAGGUCCCUGCAGGAAACCAGGAGAAGUGUGACAUUGUUCUGCUACCAAGGACUCCUGUUCAUUGUGUUGACUUCCACCCAACAGACACUGGGACCUAUGUGAUUGGAACGUGGGACGGCCGCAUGCACGUGUGCUCUUUUUCCAACAGCGAGCAUUUUCUCGACACAUACAACACACUCAGUUCGCCUGUAAAUCAGGUUGAGUGGUCACUAUUCAGUCCAGAUGUGUUCCUCAGCUGCUCUGCAAACUGGACCAUCCAGUUGUGGAAGCUGGACUCCCUAACCCCCAAGAUGAGGUUCACAUCAGUGCAGAGCCCAGUGGAUAGCGUUAAGUGGUCCCCAAACUGCUCUACGGUGUUUGCAGCUGUCUACAGACAGCGUGUGGAAGUCUGGGACCUGAGUUCAAGCACCCUGCUCCCAACUGUCGUGCACCAUGCUGCGCCUGGUGUGACGCUGACAUCUGUGCUGUUUGCCAAAGGAUCAGAUUGUAUUUUGGUUGGGGACAAUGAGGGUGAGGUGACGGUAUACAAGCUCAAAGGCUUCAGAAACGGGAAAGAAAAACAGGUGAACAGUCUGGACGACAUCAUGCACACUGUCCCAGGGUACCUUCCCGACCGAAGAACUGCCAUGCCAAACCCGAAUCUAAUUAGCACUUCAAAUAUGUUCAUAGAAGAGUUUGAUCUCGUUUAAAGCCUCACUUUUGUUUAUGUCGUGUUAAAACUAAUUUGUUCAAACAGCACAAAAUAUCAGUUUCAUCCCCUGUUCUGUGAAGGGAUGUAUGUCUUUAUUUGCAAACCAACAAACUGGUGAGAAAAUGUAAAACUCAAGAAUUUAAGAAUCAGCUUAAAACACACACCAAGCAGCAUGCCGAAUAAGUAGACUAUGUAAAAUGGAUCAAGAGUGACAGUUAAAGGAGGGUAGGUCUACUUUGAGGAACCAAGGGGGUCAAAACUGACUUGAACAUUUUAAGGUACUGCAAAUGUUAAAAUAUGGUUAAUGGAAAGGAUCUCAAAAAAAGAUUUGUUUAAUGUUAAAAUGUCCAGGAAUUUAGCUUUAAUGUUCCCUUCAUAAACUCCACUUAUAAAUUAUAUAAAUAUUGAAGUCUUUUACUUUA